AUGCGAUACUCAGCAGCGGAGCGCCAAGCAGGAACGCUGCGAGCCGCGGGCAACCUUGACCGGGGCACGCAGAAGGCCGCGCAAAAACCCAACGGCGAGAGCAUGGGCAAGACCAUCAAGGUGUGCGUUCGGACGCGGCCGACGGCCCAGUUCGCGGCGGGCCACAUCGCCAUCGACGCGGACCGCAACGCCAUCACGAUCGACAAGGGCCACGAGGCGAGUCCCGACGGCGUCUGCAACAACGCCCAGUCGCGCUUCGACUUCCGGUUCCACCACGUGCUCCACAACGCGAGCCAGGACACGGUCUACGAGACGCUCGCGCGCGACGUCGUGCAGGACGUGGUGGACGGCAUCAACGGCACGAUCAUGACGUACGGCCAGACGGGCUCGGGCAAGACCUUCACGAUGCUCGGCGACAUGAACAACUACGUCCACCGCGGCGUCGCGCCGCGGGCCCUCGCGCACGUCUUCGCCGACGUGGCCGCGCGCAUCGAGACGCAGUACACGGUCGUGUGCACGUACAUGGAGAUCUACAACGAGCGCAUCUUCGACCUGCUCAAGGCGCUCGGCGACGAGGACGCGCGGAACGACUACCAGAUCGUCGAGGAGAAGGGGGGGCGGGGCGUGUUCGUGCGGGGCCUGACGGAGGUCGAGGUCGCGUCCGAGGCCGAGGCGCUCAACCUGCUCUACUCGGGCCAGCUCGCGCGGACGACGGCGCAGCACAAGCUGAACCGCAACUCGAACCGGUCGCACUCCAUCUUCACCGUGACGCUGCGGCAGCAGAGCCGGUCGGGCGUGAGCGAGAAGGUCGUGACGUCCAAGCUCAAUUUGGUGGACCUGGCGGGCUCGGAGCGCCUCAAGAAGACCAUGGAGGGCGCCGACGGAACGGCGUACGACGUCGACGCGACGAUGAAGAAGGAGUCCAUGUACAUCAACCAGAGCCUCACGUACCUGGAGCAGUGCGUCGUCGGCCUCUCGAAGCGCGCCCCGCAGCACGUCGCCUACCGCCAGACGAAGCUGACGGGCGUCCUGAAGGACUCGCUCGGCGGGAACUGCGCCACGCUGCUCUUCGCGUGCAUGUGGGCCGAGUCGGCGCACCUCGAGGAGACCGUGUCCACGCUGCGCCUGGCGCAGCGCAUGAUGCGCGUCCAGAACACGGCCGAGAAGGUCCAGACCACGGACCCCGCGCGCCUCGCACGGAAGCAGGAGCGGCUCAUCCGCGACCUGCGGCAGGAACUGCUGAUGCACGACGCGCUGGCGGACCGCAGCGGCGUCAAGUACGACCCGUACACGCCGGAGGAGCAGGCCAUCAUCGCGGCCCAGUGCAGGCGCUACGCGGACGCGGACGAGGCGCGCGCCGCGGACCUGCUCGAGUUCGACAGCGUGCGGCAGAUGCGGGAGAUGUGCGCGCAGUUCAAGAAGUUGUUGCGGGACGCCGAGGCCAAGGCCGUGCGCGCGCGGACGGCGAUGACGUCGGCGGGCGGCGUGCCGACCGGGCUCUUCGCGGGCGACGAGGUGGGCAUGGGCGAGGACGGCGGCGACGCCGAGGCGGCCGGCGUCGGCGACGCCGAGGCGGGCCGCGGCCUGUCCCUGGGCCGCGCGCCGGACGCGUCGCGGCCCCUCGUCGUCGUGGACGCGCGGUCGCCCGAGCGCGCGUCGCUCGCCGAGCGGAGCGUCGGCCUCGGCGCCGAGCGGCGCGGAAAAAUAAAUCGAACGUUCGCAGCCCCCUCCCAUCGGGGCGCCGUGUGCGGCCGGCGCGUCGCUCGUUCGUGUGCGGCCGGCGCGUCGCUCGUUUCUUCAAAGGCCGCCGCCGCGUUCCGCCCGUCCGAGGAGAAGCCGCGGCCGAGCGCGGUUCCACGCAGGCGCCGAGUCGCCGUCCGUCGACGCGUUCUCGGCCGAACUCGCGGGGAGCCCCCUGUCCAAAAUGGGCGACGGGGACAUCGUCAACGACCGCAGCCGCGCGUUCGAGCACUACAAGCGCCAGGCGGGACGCGCGACGCACGAGAAGCUCCAGCGCGCCAAGCGCGCGCGGUCCGACGCCAAGUCCCAAAUCCGCGACGCCGCGGCGCGCGCGGACGCGGCGAAGCGCGACAUCGCGGACGUCGACGAGAGGCUCGAGGAGACGCGCCGGCGCCGCCGCGAGAAGAUCCGGGCGGCGGGGCGCGACGACGACGACGUCGUCGACGACGAGGAGUUCGUCUUGAUGCGCGCGGGCCGCGACGCGAAGCGGGACUACCGGGACGCGCACGGCGCGUGGCUCGCGGCGCGGCGCGACCACGCGGCGGCGGCGCUGGACGUCGACGCGACGAAGGCCCAACUCGUCGACGACUUCCAGCAGUUCUUCGCGCAGCUGCAGCGGCGCGCCGGCCUGGCGGAGGAGGCGGGCCCCGGCGACAAGCUCGACGACCAGGAGGCCUUCGACAAGCUCGAGAUGGAGCGCGUCGCCGCCCAGGACCCCGACGCGCUCGCGUUCUUCCGGGCGCAGAAGACGCGGCGCGCGACCGCCACGCAGAAUCGGUCGCACCUCCGGCAGCUCCACCGCAACAAGCGGACGUAG